AUGGAAGAUCAAUUUACAAAACGGGUCAAAUAUAGUUCAUAUUUGUAUCGCUAUCGGGAUGCAACAGCUCGCAGGUCAGCUGCAAUGGAACAGGUCGAGGAAGAUCUAGCUCCGGAAAGUAGUGCAAAUGUUAUACCAAACAACCUAAAUGAGGAUCCUGCUCCCAUUCCUUUUGCUUCAAACGAAACUGAAUACAAUGUCGGCGAAACAGAAUUCGAAUCAGUCGAAACCAUGGAGGAAUCAGGAAAUGAAGAGUUUAUUGUGGACUAUUUACCGGAAAGCUCUGACGAUGAACCGAUAGACGUAGAACGCACAAAUGGUUAUUGUGUAGAAACCGCCUUACGUCGAUGGGCAAUAAACACGAACCAAACGUAUGAUUCUAUCAGUCAAGUUAUGGAAAUCAUACAUGCUAGAACUUUACUGAAAACUAAUACAAAUGCCUCUAAGAAUAUUGUAACGAUAAACGGAAGCCAGUAUUGGUAUCAUGGUAUAAGGCAGUGUCUGCUGAAUAACCUAAGGUACGUAGGCAAUAUAACGGAUCUACAAAACCAGGAAGCAUCGAACAAUUCCUUCAGCCCUUCGUAG